CAACAACAUUUAUUAAAAAAAAGUGAAAGAAAGUGGUUUUGCUAAAUAAAUAAUACCGGCAAAACGUAAUAUUUUUUUCAUUUUUAUUUUAUUGACCAAUUUCUAUUGUGCAUUCUCCAAACGAACAGUGUGUGUGUUUGUGCAUAAUUUACUCUGCAUACAAAUACUAAAUUCCUAUUAGCCAUUAAAUAAAGAAAAAAGUGUUGUCUUCUUUAUUUGUGCAAAAAAAAAAAUUAAACAGUGAAAUAAAAAAAUGUCUGAUUUACCCAGUGAUCUUGUCCAGUUAUUCAAAUUUGUUGAUGAUAACAAAUCGAAAUACAUUGAUGUCCUCAGAACAGCUGUAGGCAUACAAUCCGUUUCAGCAUGGCCAGAAAAACGUGGUGAAAUUGAUCGUAUGGUACGCUGGACUGAAGAUAAAUUAAAGGCCUUGGGAGCUGAAACCAAAUUGGUGGAUAUUGGUGAAGAAACUCUACACAGUGGUGAAAAAAUACCAUUACCCAAAGUUUUGUUGGGCACAUUAGGAAAGGAUCCCAAGAAGAAGACCGUUGUUGUCUAUGGUCACUUGGAUGUUCAACCUGCUCUUAAAGAUGAUGGUUGGGCUACUGAACCUUUCGAAUUGACCGAAAAAGAUGGUAAACUUUAUGGUCGUGGUGCUAGUGAUGACAAAGGUCCCGUUUUAUGCUGGAUUCAUGCCAUCGAGGCCUAUCAAAAGUUAAACAUUGAUAUACCAGUGAAUGUUAAAUUUGUUUUUGAGGGCAUGGAAGAAAGUGGCAGUUUGGGUUUGGAUGAUCUUCUUAUGAGUUUGAAAGAUAACUUCCUGGCUGAUGUUGAUUACGUUUGCAUUUCCGAUAACUAUUGGUUGGGCAAAACUAGACCUUGUCUUACUUAUGGUCUACGUGGUUUAGUCUACUAUACUGUGGAGGUUGAAUGUGCCCAAAAGGAUUUGCAUAGUGGCGUGUUUGGUGGUACUGUUCACGAAGCUAUGCCCGAUUUGUGCUGGUUGCUAAGCACUUUGGUGGAUAAGGAGACUAAAAUUCAAAUACCUGGAAUUGAAAGAGACAUUGCCCCAUUGCUACACAAUGAACAUGAAAUUUACGAAAAAAUUGAUUAUGAAGUUGAAGAUUACAAAAAAGAUAUCGGUGCCCAAGCUUUGCCCCACAAAGAAAACAAAACCCAAUUGUUGAUGCACAGAUGGCGUUAUCCCUCUUUGUCCAUUCACGGCAUUGAAGGUGCGUUCUCUGAGGCUGGUGCCAAGACUGUUAUACCCGCCAAAGUUAUUGGUAAAUUCUCAAUGCGUUUAGUGCCCAAUCAAGAUCCCGAUCACAUCACCGAAUGCGUUACCAAGUAUUUGAAUGAAAAAUGGGCCGAACGUGGUUCACCCAAUAAGAUGAGUGUAAAAUUGUUGAGUGCCGGUAAACCCUGGACCGAAGAUCCCAAUCACCCCCAUUAUGAAGCAGCCAAGCAGGCCAUUAAGCAUGUCUUUAAAGUAGAACCCGAUAUGACUCGCGAGGGUGGUUCUAUCCCAGUAACUUUAACUUUACAAGAAGCCACCGGCAAGAAUUGUAUUCUAGUGCCUGUAGGUGCUUGUGAUGAUGGUGCUCAUUCUCAAAAUGAAAAGAUUGAUAUUUAUAAUUAUGUUGAAGGCACCAAAUUGUUGGGUGCUUAUUUGUAUGAAGUUGGUAAAUUGAAUUAAUUUUCUAAAACUGCAUCACAAUUCAAGUUGAAAACAUCACUUUAACAACACAAUAAGCUAAAAAAUUAUGUUAACUUUAAGAAGCUGAGCUUCCAUUUUCCAAAAUGAUAAAUACUUUUUUUAUUAAAUUGCGAAAUAAUAAAAAUAUAUGAAAACAACAAA